CGCGCACUCACGUCUCCACUGAGCUGCGACCACACAGCGCAUUUGACGAAAGUGCUUGGACCUUUAUUGAUUCCCAAGAGGAACCCAUCCUAUGUAUUGUCUAUUUAUUGAGCCUUAUUUCAUCAGACUCUAACAACUGAAAUUGUGGUGAACUGCUGGCGAAUAAACGUCUAAAUCAAGAAUAUGGAUCCGCUUUACACAACAACGGAUGGCCCAUACGAUACGAUGAAAAAUGUCUCGUCCAACUUCACGGAUUUAUAUUCGAAUCAGUUUGUUCAGCCUGUCUGGCAGAUUGUCAUCUGGGCAAUUGCCUACUGCAGUAUAGUCAUCGUGUCCGUGGUUGGAAAUAUUGUGGUGAUUUGGAUAAUUCUUGCGCACAAACGGAUGAGGACAGUCACCAAUUAUUUUUUGGUGAACCUGGCUUUCGCCGAAGCGUCAAUGGCAGCCUUCAACACCGUGAUAAACUUCGUAUACUCGGUGCACAAUGAGUGGUACUUCGGAACAGGGUACUGUGGAUUCCACAACUUCUUCCCAAUUGCCGCAGUCUUCGCAAGCAUUUACUCUAUGGCCGCGAUAGCUCUGGAUAGGUACAUGGCUAUCAUCCACCCCCUACAGCAGCGCCUGUCCGCCGUCGAGACCAAGGUGGUGAUAGGGGUAAUAUGGGUCUUGGCCCUGCUCCUUGCCUUUCCGCAGUAUUUCUACUCCAGCACAGCGGAACUUCCCGGCCGCGUCGUUUGCUACUUAGACUGGCCCGAGUACAAGAUAUGGGAUUUCAAACUGACUUAUCAGAUCUGUGUGAUGGUGCUCAUCUAUAUCCUUCCUCUGUUCGUCAUGGCUGUUGCCUACCUGGUGGUGGGCCUGCACCUCUGGGCCAGUGAAAUCCCCGGCGACUGCACCGACCGCUACCGUGAGCAGCUCACUGCCAAACGCAAGGUGGUGAAGAUGAUGAUAGUGGUAGUGUGCACUUUCGCUCUGUGUUGGCUGCCUUACCACGCUUACUUCCUGCUGCACGAGUUCUGCCCGGACGUGUUUGAGGAGCGCUACAUCCAGCAGGUCUACCUGGCCGUCAUGUGGCUGGCCAUGAGCUCCACCAUGUACAACCCCAUCAUCUACUGCCUGCUCCAGACAGGUGCAGCACCUGCCCCAUGCCUCAAUGACAGGUUCCGUGCAGGGUUCCAGCAGGCAUUCCGCUGGUGCCCCUGUGUUCCAGAGGGUUCCUACAAGAGUCUGGAACUCAAAUCCACCCGUUACCUUCAGACACAGAUCAGCAUGUAUCGCGUCAGUCGCAUGGACACCACCGUCUCCACGGUGAUGCCCUUUGGAAACCCAGACCACACCGAACCGCUUCAGGAGGACCCGGUCUCCCAGAACCACACCACCCUGGACUUCACCGGUCUGCCCAACGGAUCCUCCCACACAGCUGUAAACUUCGCCGGUCUGCCCAACGGACCCUCCCACACCGCUGUAAACUUCGCCGGUCUGCCCAACGGAUCCUCCCACACUGCAGGCAAGAGCAGCCUGACGCCGUCGCCCACCACCACCUGGACCAGCGAGGACUGAGGGCCGCCCAGGGGAGAGAGAGGGGCCAGGGGCGAGGGCAUCACCCCCCCCACACA